CACAAUCGUCCUAAUAAGAUUUUAUUAAGAACUAAAAAUACAGUAGGUGGUUAACAUCUGAUUCUGCUAAAUCAUGGGAUUCUCUGUUUUAACAUUCGGACUGGGAAAAACAUCCUGGAUUUCAUAUUUGAUAUGUGGAAAAGUAGCCCGGCCUUUAAUUCCAUGUUGCAUUAGGAAUUCUGUGGUAGGUUUAGGUAUAAAUUAGGCAGAAUUCAAGAAUUGCUGUUGAUCAACAAUCACUUGCUGCCCUUAUUGUUAGGGAUGCUAUCAAACAUUUAGCCUGACUUUCAUUAUAACAUAUAAAGUACAUUUUUGGCAGUUAGGAAUCUAUUCACGCAACACAGGCCUACCCAUUGUUUUUAGACAAACUUGCUUUUUGAAAAAAUUGUGUACAUUUUAUACAUUCGAUAGGGUGCAUUCUGAUACAAAUUCUAGGUUGAUUUCUUUGUAGUUGUCAGAUUCUGUGUCAGCUGUUUCUUUGAGGGAAGUAAAAACAAGGAACAUCUGGAAUAAUAAUGGAAGCGAGUGUGUUGGAGGAAUUAAUGUCUGCAGGUGAGCUAUCAGGGGACAGGCACAGAACGCCGGUAAGCUUCAGUAUGUGUGGCUCCAAUGCAGUGUUUUGUUAGGAUCAUUUUGCUGGGCAUCCAAAAAUGAGCAACAUCAGAUCUGCAUUUUCACCAUAUACUUUACCAGGUCUGAACAAGGUAUCCAUGUUUGCUUCUGCUUUAGAUAUGAGCCACAGAUGGACAUUCCCAGUGACAUCGAAACCGAGUCCGACCGGGUUUUCUUCAUUAAAGCUAUUGCUCAGUUCAUGGUGUAAUCUCUUAUGUGGGAUCUGCUGCCUGGGUUCUGUUCAGGCUACAAAGGCUCACAUCAAGGUGAACACGAAGCGCCUGUACCAGGCCGACGGUUACGCCGUGAAAGAGAUGCUGAAGAUCACAUCCGUGUUGUACAAUGCCAUGAAGACCAAGGAGUUGACUGCUGGAGACAAGCCGGAAGAGGACAGCAGCAAGUUCAAAUUUGACCUGGGUUCCAAGAUUGCUGAUUUGAAAGCAGCAAGACAGCUGGCCUCGGAGAUUACCUCUAAAGGUGCCGCGCUGUUUGACCUGCUCGGGAAAGAGGUGGAUUUAAGGGAAAUGAGGAUUGCUGCCAUUGCAAGACCCCUAGAGAUUAAUGAGACAGAGAAAGCCUUGCGAUCAGCCAUUAAGGAGGUCCUGGAAAAUAUGCAGAAGACUGAAGAUAUGCUGAAUAACGUGUCGUCGGAUGAGGCCAGCCUGGAGGCAAAGAUUGAGAAGAAGAAACAGGAGCUGGAGAGGAAUCAGAAACGUCUGCAGACACUACAAAGUGUGCGGCCGGCAUUUAUGGACGAGUAUGAGAAGAUUGAAGAGGACCUUCAGAAGCAGUAUGAGAUCUAUGUGGAGAAGUUCCAUAACCUGAGCUUCCUGGAGCAGCAGCUGGAGGACUACCACCGGGUGGAGCAAGAGAGGUUUGAGGAGACAGAGAAUACCAUGCGUGCGAUGCAACAGAAACUGCGAGAGGAGGAGAGGAGGCUGAUGAAGAGCGGAGGUGUUUAUCUUUUAGCAGCAGCUAAGGAUGAAGAUUCGGACAUGGACAUUCCAGAGGAUGAAGGCUCAGAUAGUGACAUAGAGGAGCGUAGACCGUCCAAGCCGCACCCCUUCCGAAAUGCACCAAUGCUAGGGCGAUCAGGAGCUCGAUUUGUGGGCACCAUGCAAGGAGGAGACAGUGAAGAGGAAUCGUCUGAGGACAGCGAGAUUGAUGUGGAUGAGGAUGAUGAAGAUGAGGCUGACGGAGAAGAGAACGGGGACCGUGAGGAUGACAACGACAGCUUGGAGGUGCCCAUUCCCAAGAUGCCACGGCCGUCCCGUGGCCCCCGCCAGCCCGAGCUGCUGGAUGAGAGUGACAAUGACUUCUGAACUACUGGAGACUUGCUGCUCUUACACUCUGGCUUGUCUACUUCAGUGCUGGAGACUGGUGGAUGCUUAGAUCCAUUCGGUCAAUAUAUGCACAUACCUACAUAUAUACUCUGCCACAGAAGAGCGAGAAAAUCAAUGUCAGGGUCACAGCCCAAAAAUACACAAACCCUCUAAUGAAACUGGGAAAAGUGGUAUAAGACCUUUUUUUUAGCUGAAUUGUUCUACUGAAAGGAUCAGUGGUGCUCACAAUUGGAAGGUCACUGGUUCAAAUCCAGUUCGAGUGAUGUCACUGUUGGACCCCUGGGGAAGACCCUUAACUCCCUAUUGCUCCAGGAAUUGUCUCACCCUGCUUUCUCAAAAAAUGUAUGUUGCUUUGGAUAAAAGCAUCUUCAAAAAUAAAUGGAAAUAUUUAUGGAGUCUAGAACUGAAACAUCAUAGUACAAAUGUGCCCUUGAGAGGUGAAGUGGGUUAUCCUACACAAAGUCUUGAGAAAAUGAGCUCCAAAGUUGAAUUUUUUUCAAAAAAUCAGUAUGGCUAUACCCUACAAUUGAUAUAUAUCAUAGGUAGCACAGAGGUAUGACUUAGUACUGUAACAACUUAUCCAACUGAAAAUAUUCAAUAAAAAGGGGGUAGGGGUCAAAAAUGUGGGAUAGCCCACUUUACCUCUCAAGGGCACAAAUAAGGAACCAUAUUUAUUCUGUAUAUACUGUUUUUAAACAUGAAUAAAAUAGCAUUUUUAGAA